AUCUUGGGGAGAAAGGGGAGUUCGCCAGCCUGCUAUUUAGUCAUGGGUUUUCCAACCCCAGAGCCGGUUUAUUCCCAUUGGUUUGACAUCACGUAACAGGAUGAAUGAAGUUAGACAGUUUGAAAGGGAGGGGAAUCCGCGGGUCCCCGCACUCUAUAAAUGGAAAACCCAGUCGGAAACCCAGAGCGCUCCGGAGCGGAACACUGACCGGCUGGGGGAGAGGGACAGGCAUCAGGACCGGGCGACAGUCCUUCCAGUUCUGGGCAAGGCAGCGCCCCAUGCAAGAGUCCCCCCGGGGUGCAACUGAGAAUCUGCAGAAGAAACCAGGGAAACCAAAGGUAGCAACACGAGGAAGAGAAAUGAGCAACUUUGUGCAGCUUGAUGCUGAUGUUUAAACACAAGGAUUAAAGUUGGAGAAGAAAGUUUGGGAGGAGAGCAGAAACUGGGCAAAGCGUCAGAAGACUUGGAGCUGCAGAGGCUGCGUAGAAGAGGUUGGAAUUUGAGAAAGACACUGAGACAAGCAGCGGUGAGAGGAGGGGAGGGGGUGGGAGCGAAAGACAAUUACAAAGGGUGAUCCCAGGAGAGGGUCUGGGGAGGCAGCCCCUAUGGUAUCCUGGUUUGGAGCCCCGGGCUCUGUACUGGGGAUGGUUGAGGACUGGAAGCUGCAGGUGCAGCCGGCUCUCUUCCUCUCCCUGCUGCUCCUCGCUUGCCUGGAAGUCUGCCGCUGGCUGUGGGACUGGAGGCGGCGGCAGGGGAGGGGCGGGGGGAGGAGGAGGAGCCCCCCUGGCCCAUUCGCCUGGCCGCUGGUGGGCAAUGCCAUGCAGCUUGGCAGCUCGCCCCACCUGACCUUCACCCAGAUGGCCCGGCGCUACGGGGACCUCUUCCAGAUCCGCCUGGGGCGCCACAAGAUCGUGGUGCUGAACGGGGAGGCGACCAUCCGCCAGGCUCUGCUGCAGCACAACGCCCAGUUCGCCGGGAGGCCCGACUUCGCUUCUUUCCGCCUGGUGUCCGGGGGCAAGAGCAUGGCUUUUGGCAGGUACAGCAGCCAGUGGCAGCUCCACCGGCGGCUGGCCCAAUCCACCGUGCGGGCUUUCUCCACCGCCAACAGCCACACCAAGAAACUCUUCGAACAGCAUGUCAGCAGCGAGGCUUGCGACCUGAUUCAGGUCUUCCUGAGGCUGGGGGCCAGUGGCCGUCACUUUGAGCCGUCCAGACACCUGGUGGUGGCCACGGCCAAUGUGAUGUGCGCCCUGUGCUUCGGCCAACGCUACAGCCACGAUGACCUGGAGUUCAGGAAGCUGCUGGGCAGGAAUGACAAGUUCGGCCAGACGGUGGGAGCGGGCAGCCUGGUCGAUGCCAUGCCCUGGCUCCAAGCUUUCCCCAACCCGGUCAGGAGCGUCUACGAGGACUUCAAGGAGCUCAACCGCGAGUUUUUUGAGUUUGUCCGGGACAAGAUCGUCCAGCACCGAGCUACCUACCAGCCCGGCACCACCAGAGACAUGAGCGACGCCUUCAUUAAUGUGAUCGAGCACGGCAAACUGGCAGAGGAUGGGCUGACCAAGGAACACGUGGAGGGCUCGGUCACUGACAUCCUGGGAGCUGGUCAGGACACUACGUCUACAGCCCUGAGCUGGAUCCUCUUCCAUCUGAUCCAGUUCCCCCAGUUGCAGACCCGGCUCCAGCAGGACAUUGACAAGGUGGUGGGCAGGGAGAGGCUGCCCGGGGUCGAGGACAAAGCCCGUUUGCCUUACCUGGAGGCUUUCAUCUACGAGAUCAUGAGGUUCACCAGUUUCGUGCCCAUGACCAUCCCUCAUGCCACCACCGCCCAUGUGGACAUCAACGGCUACCAUAUCCCCAAAGACACGGUGAUCUUCAUCAACCAGUGGUCUGUCAACCACGACCAGCACAAAUGGAAGGAGCCCGGCACUUUUGACCCAACCAGGUUUCUGAACGAGGAUGGGAGCAUCAACAGGGACUUGACAAGCAGUGUGAUGAUCUUCUCGGCGGGGAAGCGGAGAUGCAUCGGCGAGCAGCUGUCCAAGAUCCAGAUGUUCCUUUUCACGGCCAUCCUGGUGCACCAGUGCAUCUUCGAGGCCAAUCCUUCCGAAGAGCUGAGCACGAACUGUUCCUACGGAUUGACCAUCAAGCCGGUGUCCUUCACCAUAUUGGUCAAACUGAGGGACAAGUAUCGCGGCAUUGUCUUGCCGGCGUAAAGAUGAGUGAGGGAGAGUUUGAGAGGAGAUGGGGAAACGGACUGGCCUCUAUAGGCAGCAAGUGGAGGAUUGAAUGAUACGAUAUAUCAGCAUGGCUACAUGCCAAAUCACCAAAUACAACUUCUCAAAUAUGAAAAGACCGUCAGUCAAAUUUCGUUUCGUUCCCAGCUCUCAUUAUUUACCAGGCUGGUUGGAAAGGUAUUUUAAAUAAAUGAUGGGAUAUGAAUCAGAUAAUUACACUUAGAGAGGAGAUUCUGCAUUAACCGGCUCCCUUUAAAUUAACCAGCGAAGGAUUUCACAUUAGCGGGUGCGGUAUUACUGGUGCUAAUCUCUCACGAACCCGGGUUCACUCUAGUUUUGAACCCAUUUCUGGAACAUAUUUCAAACGUCUCCUGGCUUGAUUGUGUUUCCAGAACACACGGCGGGGGGGGGGGGGGGGGUGGAGCUGCUGUUGCGUUUUCAUAAAUCGUAAAACGGUUCAUUUAAAAUUGAAGUGAAAUAGUAUUAAAAAUGUAUUUCUUAAAAGUAAUAUUUUUGUCAUGUCUGUUAAAUGGGAAGCACGCAAGCUACUGUUCUACUGCACUGAGAUUUGAACUGUGAUCCAGUCCAGCUGGACACGACACAAGCUUAAAGCCCACACUAACAAUGUUGCUAAGUUUUGUGGAUACGUGGUCUCCGUGUGCUUCCUGUUCAGUCACUGUUUCUGCUCGGAAUGAAUAUACAGCAGAGCAGCAGCUUUGAGAGGCUGAGGCUGGCUUAUAUUUGUGUUUUUUCUGUGAGUUUUGGAGCUGGGGGCCAUGCAGUUUUGGUGGAGAUGUUUUUUGGUGCCUACAUUGCACUAUGCUGGGUGAUGUUUCAUGCCUUUCCAAGAUAAUCUAGCGUACAAAUCUUUGAUUCCUCUGAAAUACAUACUGAAUUCCUCAGUUGUGUGCAGGUGCAGGUGACCCUACUGAACUGUCUUUCACAACAGAUUAAAAAAGUUUUGCAUUAGCCAACUUAACUAAUUUAAGGCUGGUGAGAACUCUUUUGAAGGCUUUUGAAGGCUGGUGAGAACUCUUGAUUCGGAAGUGGCAAAUGUCGGUAGUCCAGUUCUACCUGUGUGCUCCUUACCUGUACUGUGGUCACCCUGACAACUAGCAACUGUCUUAUACAGUAGCCCAGGGCCAGAAAAGCAAAACAGAAGCUGUCAGCACUUAAACCCACCAUUGCUCUAUGUACAAGAUUUCCUUCCCUAAAGUACAUUAGUGAACCAGAUAGGUUUUUACAACAAGCGAUGAUAGUUGUCAUGAUCAUCAUUAUGGAGACUAGCUUUAUAUUCCAGAUUUAUUAAUUGAAUUUAAAUUCCAUCAACUGCAGUGGUGGGAUUUGAACCUACGUUCUCAGCAUUAGGCUGGACCUCUGGAUUAUUCACCCAGUGCGUGUGUGCACACUAAGAUAAAAAAUAAACCAGAAAAUGUUGUGGAAGUCUCAUCAGCACAAGGAAAAGGUCAUCUUUUUGGUGUUAACCUUCAUCAUAAUUUCAAUUCUGACCAUGGACUGCACCUGAAAACUGAAUGUUUUAUUCUUUUAUUUUCAAUGGUUGACAGGCAUGCUGUGUACUCCCAGCUUUGUCUGGUUUUACGCAAGCACACACACACAAAAUCUUACACAAACAUACACACACUGAUAUAAAUGUAGACACACAUGCAGAAUCUCCAUCACUGUGCUGUGCCUGAGCCCCAAUGGAUGCUGUGAAGUCAAUCAACACAAAACAUAACUAAUGAUUAAGAUGUACCAAUGAGCAGGGUGUGAUCUAAUUACAUAUUAAGUAUCUUCACACAUCCCUGCCUCCUACAAACCUGGUUAAUUUGUGUUUUGUCUGCUCCACUCUGAAUUUAAUUCCACUGCCUCUUAAAUACUGUAUCAGAUUGAUGUUACACACUAUGUAUAAGUUUCAUAUAAUUGACUGUUACUGUAAAUUAUUCUACUAAUUAAUGUAUUCUAUUAUUGUACUCCCAUGAAUACUAAUAACACAAAUGUAUUUUUA